GGGGAGGGAGCUCGGGCUUCGCGCUCUGAAAGGGUCAUUUAUCCCCGCGCUGCCGCUCGGAGCGGUGGGUAUAGUCCCCGCGCCGCAGCCUCCUCGGCCCCAGCCCCGCGGCCCCAGCCCGCACCAUGCCCCGCGCCCCGGGCGCCGCCGCUCCGGUGCUGCUGCUGCUGGCGCUGCUGCUGGCGGCCGCCCCGCCGCUCGGUGGCUCGGAGAGCCCCAAGGGGAAGCAGAAGGCGCUGAGGCAGCGGGAGGUGGUGGACAUGUACAAUGGCGUGUGCCUGCAAGGCCCCAGCGGCGUUCCCGGACGAGAUGGAAACCCUGGAGCCAACGGGAUCCCUGGGACGCCUGGGAUCCCAGGACGGGAUGGGCUGAAGGGAGAGAAGGGCGAAUGCAUGCGCGAGAGCAUCGAGGAGUCCUGGACGCCCAACUUCAAGCAGUGUUCAUGGAGUGCACUUAACUAUGGCAUUGAUCUUGGGAAGAUAGCAGAAUGCACAUUUACAAAGAUGCGCUCCAACAGUGCUCUCCGUGUUCUCUUCAGCGGAUCGCUUCGGCUAAAAUGCAAAAGUGCCUGUUGUCAGCGCUGGUACUUCACUUUUAAUGGAGCAGAAUGUGCUGGGCCACUUCCUAUUGAAGCCAUAAUCUAUUUAGAUCAAGGAAGCCCAGAGCUGAAUUCUACUAUUAAUAUACACCGAACUUCUUCAGUGGAAGGUCUGUGUGAAGGGAUCAAUGCUGGUUUGGUGGACAUUGCCAUCUGGGUCGGGACUUGCUCAGAUUAUCCACGGGGAGAUGCUUCUACUGGAUGGAACUCAGUCUCCCGCAUUAUCAUUGAAGAACUGCCAAAAUAAUUCCCCCCCCCCCCCCCCUUUUUUAUUUUAUACCAUUUUCUUCAGAAUUUAUUUCUAUGGAGUUGGAUGCAAGUAUGUGAGUGGAAGGCACCAAACUCUUGCAUCUGUAGUCUUUGUCUAGCCUUUUUUUUGCACAUUGCAGAGGCUUUUUACAAUAGUCAUUUUAGAAUAUAAAUAUCAAACUCAAGUUCAUUACCUUUUUUAAUUCCUUGUUUGAUGUAUGAAAAUAUACCACCACCAUUUUAAGAGUUAACUGUAACUUUUUGUGUCAAAUAAAUAAGACCUUUUACAAAUAAAAGAGCCAAGCUAUUUUAUUGACCAUCGAAGUGUUUAAAGUGUUUACAUGGUCUUAUGAAACAUGAUUUUCUUAGAAGACUUCACAGAAAGUUCUAAGAAAGUAAACUCAGAUCUUGGCUUUAGCAUUCAGAAAACAUAUGUAAUAUCUACUCCUUUACUCCUGGUAAACCUGACUACUGAAUAGGAUGCUCUGCUGUUACACUUAUAAGUCUCUCAACUAACUCCCAGUGACUUAACUGUGACCUAGAUGAUGUGGUAAGUGUUAAAAUACCUUGUUCUGAAUGACUUACUUAAAAAUAGACUGUGUAAGCUCUCCUUCCCUCUUUUGCUUGCCGAUAGACUGGAUUUCGGUAUAAGCAUCUAUGAUUGGUCUCCACUAUUAGCAUGCAGAUGCUAAAAAACUUUACAGUUACAAAAUUUAAUUGCUUCAAUAAAAUAAUUCUCCUAGAUUCAGCCUUUCAGAUAUGUAAAAUCACUUUGGUGUUAAGUAAAAGCUAGACCUAUUAAAUAGUUUGGAGGAUAUAGAAAUAAGGCAGGCUGAAAUGCCUUUCAAAAAGUGUAUUGGUAAAGUGAAAGAAUGAUGUCACAGCUAUUUGACUGCAACCUCCAGACUGGACAAGUGACAAUGCUGAUCAUGGCAGCACACCAUUAGCUUCAGCGCUUUAAGUGUUUUCUUCCAAAUGCAACAAGUGAUAUACUAAAAUAUUUUUUUUUUUAAUUUUAGAGAUUCUCAAGGGAAACAACAGUCAUGUUUACAUUACAAAAUCAAUUUUACAUUAAGGAAA